AUGAGUCGACAAUUCGAUGAUAAUUACAAUCAAGAUGACUUUUACUCUAAUGAUUUAAGAUCAGACAGUGGUAAAUAUAAUGAUAGACCCUCAAGAUAUGAACGUUAUGGAGAUAAAAACAUGAGAUAUAAUCGUUCUAGAGAUGACCAAUCAAGACAUAGUGGUUUUAGAGAUCGCUCUAGAGAAGAUAAUUCAAGAUUUAACCAUUCACAUGAUAACCAUCAUUACAAUAGUCAUCGUCAAUUUGGAACUCACCAGUUACCCUCAAUUAAGGAUAAAAAAUGGCAAACAGCUUCAAGUGUUGAAAAUUUUAAAAAAGGUAAUAGUGAAAUCAAGGAAAAAAUUGAUACAUUUCUUGAAGUAGUCAAACAAAAUGAUUGUUUUCUUAAUAAUGUAGAAAAAUUUCGUGUUCAUUUAGAUGUAUUUUUAAAUAACAUUGAAGAUAUUACAAAUUCAUAUCAUUUGAGAGUAACUAAAGGAAAAGAAACAUUAACUGUUGAAAAUCGUCGUUGGUUAAUUGAGAUAGCUGUUAAUACAUUAAAUAUCUUUCAUGACUCUGUUUUUGGAGAAUGGGAAAGAAUCAUAAAAUUUAAAUUAGAUCCAACAUUUACUGUUCAAAGAAUUGAAAAUAAAUGUAGAAAAAAGUUGAUUUCUAAGAGAAUGGCUGAGUAUGUUUUUACAGAACCAAAACUUUAUUCUGAAAUAAGUGAGCCACUUAUUAUAAAGCAGGGACUUCUACUUGGUUUAACAAUCAUGGGAAAAGAGGUUGAUUUUUAUAUGAAAUCUAAUAGUUUCAGAGAAAAACUUACUGAAAUCAAAAAUGAAAUGUUAAAAGUUGUACAAUGCUCUACUCAAGAUGAGAUGGAUUGUCUUUUUGCUAGUGGUUUUCCUUUAUUUGAUACAUCAAUGGAUGAAGAUAUUCACUUGUAUGAUUUUUAUGCAAUAAAAGAAGCUACAAUGAAAUUUUUUGACAUGCCAAUGUUAUAUGGUGAUGGAUCAUCUAAGAAUUAUGGAAUUCAAUAUAAUUUUCCUAAUCCUGAUAUUGAUGUAGUUGUUGAGACAUUUGCAAAAGGUGGUUCUGAUCAAUUUUAUUGUUUAGAUAGACUAUUUUCAAAAUGUUUAGCAAUGCCACCUUUAAAAGAAAGUGUUGUAGAGUCCUUCAAAAAAUUUGGAUUUGAUAAUAUUGCCGAUAUAUUUAUAAAUUUAAAUAUUGAAGAAUUUGGUGUUGAUGUCGAUUUUCCUGCCCAAUUCAAUGAUUUUGAACAAAGUACUUACCCUCCAGAUGGAUUUUAUAAUCGUCGUAUUAAUUCCGAAAGAAUUAAAAAAGUUUCUGAUGAUCAAUCUUUAACUGAUUUUAUAAAUUAUUUAACUUAUUUUAAAUCCAAGAAAAAAUCUCCAGUAACAGCAUAUAUAACAUUUAAAUGUGGUAGAGAACUAGAAAUGUUUAGUGUAUUAACUUACUUUUUAUUUUUAUGUGAAAAAAAUCUCUAUAUAUUGGAUAUAAAAGCUCUUAAACAUGAUAGAAUACCAGAAAUGUUAGAAGCCGUUUUUAAUAAUGAAGGUAUAAUAAAAAUACUAGAAUCUCCAAUUGAUUAUCGUGUACUUUUUGGACAUUACAAUUACUGUCUUAAUCUUAAAACACCUAUAAGACUUCACUUUUUAAGUUAUAUAAUUUCUGAACUACAUAAACCAAAUGAUCUUACAGGAGAAAAUCCUCUAACAACUUACUCAGAUAGAUACUUAGAUUUAAUUGCUGGUGCCAAUGAAUUGUAUAUUCCUGGAGGUGAUACUAAAGACAAAAAAUUUCUUUUAUCAUGUCUUGAAGAACGUUCUGAGAAAGAGGUUAGAAAAAUCAAAAAACAAAUGAAUAAUGCUCUUAGUCGAUUAAUUAAAAGUGGAAUUUCUUUUCCUAAGACUGUUCAAUUUGUUCUUGGAACGUCGUUUGACAAAAGUUUUGUUAAUCGUACGGAAUGGCAUCGUCGUCCAAUUCUUAUCGAUCAAGAGGUUUACAUGAUUGUUGAAAUUAAAGCUCUUUAUGAAUGUGUUCAAGCCUUAUUAGAAUAUGCUCGAAAAAUUAAAUUUUAUGAAAAAAUUUUUAAUGUUAGAAAUAUUACUUUUAGUUCGGUAGAUUCCAAAGAGUAUGGUAAAUAUCUCGGUACAAGUUUUGAAUCAAAAUGA